AUGGGUAGAACGGAUAUAAGGGCAUGGAGACCUCCGAUACACAAGCUACAUCACUUGAUGCUACUGGUAGUAGUGGCCAUUACACUUUUAUCAUGCGCCGAAGCUCGUUCAUAUCAUCCACCCCCAUUGCGCAGAAUAGCACAUCCCGAAUCAUCAUCCCUAGAAAUCCUACCACGCCGAUCUCAAACCCGCUUGAAUACAAGAUAUACCACUCAUCUACCACCACAUCCCUCAACAUUAAAACACUCAGAUACGGUCCUUCUUAAACUAUCAUUACCCGACCUGUUACCUUUUCAAGCUAACAUAUUACUGAAACCUACCGAACACAUAUUUCAUCCAGAUGCCAAGAUAUCCUAUGGUGAUAAUUCACAUUCCGAAGCUCUGAAAGAAGAGGAUUGGAGAUUGUUCACAGGACAAGUCAUACAUCCUAAAUGGGUUGAAAGGAUAAAGUCGUUAGAAAAUUUAGGUCAUAGAUUAAGCUCAGAUUCUGCUUAUCAACAAGAUACUUCUAUUGGAUCUGCAAGUAUCAUAAUCCAUAAACCUGGAAAUGGAAUAGAUGGGACUAUAUUCGAAGGGACUUUUACAUUUCAUGGAACACGUUACCACGUAAUGACCAAGGACAAGUACCAAUUAGUGAAAACGAUAAAUGAUGUUCAAGUAGAAUCUUCAGGUUUAGGAUCAGAAAUGGUAGUGUUUAGAGAUAUGGAUAUGUCACAUAAAACGAACUCUUCUUCUUCUUCUAUAAUAUCGGACAAUCACUUUAAGGGAUCAAGCUGUUCACAUGAUAACCUACCAUUCAACAACGAACUGAAUAAUCCGAUAUUCAAAUUACCUCAAGCUGAAGAAUCAAGUUUAUUCCCUUUUCUUCCUUCUUCAUUAUAUGGAAGGGAUGAUACGGGUGGAAUGACAUUAUCAUCAAAUUUCAUUGGAUCGAUAGGAUCGAAUAGUGGUUGUCCAAAUUCGCAGCAAAUAGUUUAUAUGGGUGUUGCUUUAGAUUGUAAUUACGUUUCAGCUUAUUCAAGUCCUGAUGCAGCUAGGACUCAGGUCUUGAAUAAUUGGAACCAAAUUUCAGCUUUAUAUAAAUCAACUUUUAAUAUUUCUCUAGGUAUAAUUGAAUUACAAGUUAGAAAUAUGACUUGCCCAACUACUCCUCCAUCAGGUGAAGAAUGGAAUGUGCCUUGUGCGAACCAUUUAACUCUAGAUGAAAGAUUAAGUAGAUUCAGUCAAUGGAGAGGUGAUAAAGGUGAUGAUGGUGCUGGAUUAUGGCACCUGAUGAGUGCUUGUCCUACAGACUCCGAAGUGGGAGUUGCUUGGCUAGGUACCCUAUGUCAAAACACAGCCACUCAACAACAAGGUCAAACUGUGUCCGGAACAGGUAUAAGUACAGCGAGUAAAACGGAAUGGAGCUUGAUCGCACAUGAGAUAGGUCAUGGGUUCGGUGCCAUCCAUGAUUGCUCUACCGGAUGCUCACUUUCCGGAUCAUGUUGUCCCUUGUCAAGCUCUUCAUGCGAUGCAGGCGGAUCAUAUAUCAUGAAUCCCACUACGUCAAGUAGCGAGCAAACUUUCUCGGGGUGCACUCUGGGUAAUAUAUGUACAAACAUUGGAAACAGAGCUAUCACUACGAACUGUAUCACCAGUCCGGCGAGCAGGACUGUUAUUUCGUUACAACAAUGCGGAAAUGGAAUCGUGGAAGAUGGUGAAGAUUGUGAUCCAGGAGGUAAUUCCACCUCAGCAUGCUGUGAUGCCUCGACGUGUAAAUUCCGUUCUGGGGCAGUAUGUGAUCCUUCCAACGCAGCAUGCUGUACAUCCUCAUGUCAACUUGCUUCUGCCGGUACUGUUUGUCGAUCAAGCAUUGAUUCCACAUGUGAUUACGAAGAGACAUGUACAGGAAAUAACGCUACCUGUCCAGAUGACAAGACUGCUCCUGAUGGGAAAAGUUGUGGUAGUGAUGGAUUAGCUUGUGCAUCUGGAAGAUGUACAAGUUUGAACCAACAAUGUAAACUUGCCGGAUCAAGUUUAGGCUUAUCGACAGCUUGUGGUCAAAAAGAUGAUAAAUCUUGUACGGUCAGUUGUAGAGAUCCAAAUAUCACGAACCAAUGUGUCGUACUGCAGACCUCCCUUGUUGAUGGGUCACCUUGUGGAUACGGAGGACAUUGUUAUAACACAACGUGUAAAGCUGGAUCAUGGCAAGAUACAGCCGGUGCAUGGUAUACUCAAAACUUGCAAAUCUCCAUACCUGUUACGAUUGUCGUUGGUUUACUAGUCAUAGCUCUACUUUGGGCAAUCAUCAAAUGUACCUUUUCGACAUGUUGCGGCAGCUCUAAGAGACGUCCUGAUUCAUCACGUAACAAUGGAACUAGAGGAUCUGCAUAUGUGCCUGCUCCAACUGGACCACCCCCUCCUCCUCCACCUAUGAUGACGCAAAUACCACCUCAACCUGCACAUACAUUACAAAGACAUUCGGAUUCAAUAUCGUCAGGAGAUCCAUUGAUGAGAACUGGACAAAUCGACAGGGAUUCGAGUCCAGCCCCUCCUCAAGCUUAUGGAGGAUAUAAUUACGAAGGACAGGGCCAAGAUCCAGGUCAUUCAAAUCCGUAUGGAAAUCAACAAGGAUAUCAUAGUAAUCACCAAAAUCAGUACCAAAAUCCAAACCAAAAUCAACAGAGAAAUUCAGGAAGGGGUUGGGUAGAUGCCAAUUCUUAUAACGGUCCUAAUUAUGGGUAUAACGAGGCGUAUGGACGAUGA